AUGCAUUUAACCACCUACAUCCGUGAACUCAUCCAGGUGGAUGACGUUAUGGAGGAUGACUCUCUGAGGUUUGGCCCAAACGGAGGCCUGGUCUUCUGCAUGGAGUACUUUGCCAACAACUUCGACUGGCUGGCGGAGAGCCUGGGCCACGUAGAAGAUGACUACGUAUUGUUCGAUUGUCCUGGUCAGAUUGAACUUUACACACACCUCCCUGUGAUGAGGCAGCUGGUGGAGCAGCUCCAGCAGUGGGAGUUUCGGGUUUGCGGGGUCUUUUUAGUAGACUCCCAGUUUAUGGUCGAAUCUUUUAAGUUCAUCUCCGGGGUUAUGGCUGCACUGAGUGCCAUGGUGUCAUUAGAAAUUCCUCAAGUAAACAUCAUGACCAAAAUGGAUCUGCUUGGGCCAAAAGCCAAGAAGGAAAUUGAAAAGUACUUGGACCCAGACAUGUACUCCAUGAUGGAAGAUAACUCUGGGACUUUCAGAAGCAAAAAGUUCAAGAAGCUAACCAAAGCAAUUUGUGGUUUGAUAGAUGACUACAGCAUGGUAAGAUUCCUACCUUUUGACCGCACAGAUGAGGAGGGAAUUAAUAUAGUCCUGCAGCACAUCGACUUUUCCAUACAGUAUGGAGAAGACCUGGAGGUUAAGGAACCUAAGGAGGUUGAUGAAGAGCAGUCCAACCUAAAUUACGAUGAAAUAUUUCAAGACAAAGUCAGCAGCUGAGGAUUAAUAGGACCGUGGAGUGGGAAAGUGUUUUGUGCACGCAGGCCAUGGAUGAUGUUCAACUUGUAUGUCGGAUAUAAUUGAAUGAAUAUUUGUUGAAAAACUGACUGGACUUGUAUAAAAAAUUUCUUUUUUUUUCCUUUUUAUAUAACUUAUACAAUUUAUAAAAAAACUCCAGUUCAUGUUGUAUUAUUUUAGAGUGUUGUACAAGUGUAAAGCUUUGGUAUUUGAUAGAUUUAUUAUUGAACUAUAUUUUUUAAAUAAAACUUUACAUAAAAUGGA